GUGGCGCAGAUAGGGGCUGCGAACAGACGCGCUGCUGUUGCGAGUGAGGCGCGGAUCGGAGCGGCCGUGAGAACCAGAGGACCGACCGGGAGAAUGCGGGACAGAGGAAAUCAUCUUCUCUCGCUGGAUGUUUACGAAUCUUUCCGAGGCGUCAUCUAACUGGAUUACAGUGCAUUUAGAAUAUUCUUUUUUUUUACUCGUCACUCUUCAGUUUUUGAUCCCGCAUCACUAAAAUCGUGCUGGGCUGCGGACUUUUCUCUCUCCGUUGCUCGCCAACUGAGAGCACUCCGAGGCACGGAGCGUACGUGUGCAUGUGUUAAGUCGUCGGUGGAAGAAAAAUCUGAGCAGUUGUAAGCGUUUGCACGGGGCAUCGGACAGUGUAUUCGAGUCUAACCUGACGCCGCACGGUGCAACGGCAGAGGGACAGCCCCGCAAAGUUCUCAGCGUUUGCGCCUGUUUGGUGCGUUAUAUUAUUUCAUUUUAAUCAUUUUGUUUUUUAAAAAUCCAAUUUUGGAAAUAUUGUCUGCAAGGAAAAAUAUAAAAAGGAUUAUUGAACUGAAAUGGUCAUGAACCCACCUAUGCGUACACAUCCUUCAAUGACUGUUUGAGUGUUAGUUGAUUCAUUAUUGGAGGAAAAACGAACUCGGCAGAUAAUUCUGAUAUGUUUCCAAACGUGGAAAUGAUGGACGAGCCUCAGUAAUUUUUUGAUGAAUUGCUAUUUCGGUGUCAAACUCCCUAACGAAUUCGUUACAUAUGGCUGGGGAAAACGGACAGUUCGCAUCCUGUUAGCGGGAGACGUAGCUUCGAAGAGGGGACUGAGGAAUCUGUCGUAGCGGGAAGGAGGUGCAAAUCUGGACAGAGGCUGGGAUCUAUUGCGGGCGAAGCAGUGUAUGCAAUCUGGACCAUGAAUCCACACGCCUCUUGAAACACCAGAGUAUACGCUUCACAUCUGAAUCUAUCACUUCAACUGAUUUUUUUUGUGUGUAAAAUCACAAUUUUUGUUUUUCAGAAUAAAAAAAUCAAGGUUAACGACUACCGAGAAUCAUGAGGACUACUGGUGCAGUGGACUAUUUGUGCUACUCGAUUCUCAUCCUGCAGCUGCUGACUCAGCCCGCCGCCAAGAAAGUGCUCCGCUACCGCUUGGCAGAGGAGGGUCCCGCCGAUAUCCGAAUAGGAAAUGUAGCCGCCGACCUGGGCAUUGUAGCCGGCUCUGGUGAGGUUACUUUCACCCUGGAGUCGGGCUCAGAAUACUUCAAAAUCGACAACAUUACUGGGGAGCUUAGUACAAACGAAAGGCGGAUAGACCGAGAGAAAUUACAACAGUGCCAGAUGAUUUUUGAUGAGAAUGAAUGUUUCAUAGAUUUUGAAGUGUCAGUUAUUGGACCGGCGCAAAGCUGGUUAGAUUUGUUUGAAGGGAAAGUUAUUAUUCUGGACAUUAACGACAACACGCCUUCUUUCCCGUCUCCUGUUCUGACUCUGUCGGUGGAAGAAAACAGACCAAUUGGCACGCUAUAUCUUUUGCCCACGGCAACCGACCGUGAUUUCGGCAGGAAUGGAAUUGAGAGAUAUGAGCUCAUUCAGGACAGCGGCGACUCUGUGAGACGAAUGGGGUCUAGUUCAGGGAGCAACGGGGACUCUCACUCCGGCAAGAGGCGGUUUGAUGACAGCUCUCGGAACAGCUUCUUUGAGUUGCAAGUCGCUGACACUACUGACGGCGAGAAACAGCCGCAGCUUAUCAUUAAAGGCGCGCUGGAUCGAGAGCAGCGGGACUCCUAUGAACUGACGCUGCGCGUGAGAGAUGGGGGCGACCCGCCACGCUCCUCACAGGCUAUUCUGAGAGUGAUGAUUACGGAUGUGAACGACAACAGCCCGCGCUUUGAGAAGAGCGUGUACGAGGCUGACCUACCGGAAAACAGCUCCCCUGGCGCCCCCAUCCUCCAAUUAAAAGCCAUGGACGCCGAUGUCGGUGUGAACGGGCAAAUUGAGUAUGUGUUCGGCGCGGCCACCGAGUCCGUCAGGAGGCUCCUCCGGCUGGAUGAGAGCACGGGCUGGUUGAGCGUGCUCCACAGGAUUGACCGGGAGGAGGUGAACCAGCUGCGUUUCACCGUGAUGGCACGCGACCGCGGGCAGCCUCCCAAGACAGACAAGGCCACCGUUGUCCUGAAUAUUAAAGACGAGAACGACAACGUGCCAAAUAUUGACAUACGUAAGAUUGGCCGCAUCUACCUGCGUGAUGGAGUGGCCAACGUGGCCGAGGACGUGGUGGUGGACACACCCAUUGCACUGGUGCAAGUGUCAGACCGAGACCAGGAGCAGAACGGAUUUGUGACGUGCACGGUGGUGGGCGACGUUCCCUUCCAGCUGAAGCUGACGAGCGAGAACGACGGCGACAUGAACAAGAAGAAGUACUUCCUGCACACGUCGGCGCCGCUGGACUACGAAGCCGUGCAGGAGUACACGGUGGUCAUCGUGGCGGUGGACUCGGGCAGCCCCAGCCUGUCCAGCAACAACUCGCUCCUGGUCAAGGUGGGCGACACCAACGACAACCCGCCCAUCUUCGGCAAGGGCACGGUGGAGGUGUCCUUCCCCGAGAACAACGCCCCCGGCGAACGGGUGACGACCGUGCGCGCCACGGACGCCGACAGCGGCAAGAACGCCGAGAUCUCGUACUCGCUCGACAACUCGGUCAACGGCAUCUUCUCCAUCAACGCCGACACCGGCGACAUCCAGGUGAACACCAUCCUGGACCGCGAGCAGACGGAGCGCUACGAGUUCAAGGUGGUGGCCAAGGACAAGGGCAUGCCCAUCCUCCAGGGCUCCGCCACCGUGGUCAUCCUGGUGGCCGACAAGAACGACAACGACCCCAAGUUCAUGCAGGACGUCUUCACCUUCUACGUCAAGGAGAACCUGCAGCCCAACAGCCCCGUGGGGAUGGUGACCGUCAUGGACGCCGACAAGGGCCCCAACGCCCAGAUGAGCCUCUACAUCGAGGAAGAGGAGGAGAUCUUCUCCAUCGAGAACGACACGGGCACCAUCUUCUCCACCGUGUCCUUCGACCGCGAGCAGAAGACGCAGUACUCGUUCCGGGUGCGGGCGGUGGACGGCGGAGACCCGCCGCGCUCGGCCACGGCCACCGUCUCGCUCUUCGUGAUGGACGAGAACGACAACCCUCCGGCGGUCAUCUUCCCGCUCAACAACACCUACACGCUCCUGCCGCCGGCCAGCACCGUCCAGACGGUGGUCCGCACCGUGGUGGCCACCGACACCGACACGGGCUCCAACGCCGACCUGAACUUCAGCAUCGUCGGCGGCAACCCGUACAAGCUGUUCGAGAUGGACCGGGCCACCGGGGUCAUCUCGCUGGUGGGCAAGCUGGAGCAGAAGCACUACGGCCUCCACCGGCUGGUGGUCCUGGUCAACGACAGCGGUCAGCCGUCGCAGAGCACCACCACGCUGGUCCACGUCUUCGUCAACGAGAGCGUGGCCAACUCCUCGGUGGUGGAGGCCCUGGUGGCGCGGAGCCUGGGCACGCCGCUCAACGCCGACAUCGCCGGCGACCCCAACUACGACCUGAGCAAGCAGCGGCUGAGCAUCGUCAUCGGCGUGGUGUCGGGCAUCAUGACGGUGGUGCUCAUCAUCCUGGUGGUGGUGAUGGCGCGCUACUGCCGCCCCAAGAGCAAGAACGGCUACGAGGCGGGCAAGAAGGACCACGAGGACUUCUUCACGCCGCAGCAGCACGACAAGGGCAAGAAGCAGUCCAAGAAGGACAAGAACAAGAAGAAGUCCAAGCAGCCGCUCUACAGCAGCAUCGUGACGGUGGAGGCGUCCAAGCCCAACGGCCAGCGCUACGACGGCGUCAACGAGAAGCUCUCCGACAGCCCCGGCAUGGGCCGCUACCGCUCGGUCAACGGGGGUCCCGGGAGCCCCGACCUGGCGCGCCACUACAAGUCCAGCUCGCCCCUGCCCACCGUGCAGCUGCACCCCCAGUCGCCCACGGCGGGCAAAAAGCACCAAGCCGUGCAGGAUCUGCCCCCCGCCAACACCUUUGUGGGCACCGGAGAUAACAUAUCCCUGGGAUCGGACCACUGCUCCGAGUACAGCACUCAGACCAUCAACAAAUACAACAAACAGCCGUUCCGCCGGGUGACCUUCUCGGUGGUGAGCCAGCCCCAGGACCCCCACCACCAGGGAUCGCUGCAGAGCUGCUACGACAGCGGCCUGGACGAGUCGGAGACGCCCAGCAGCAAGAGCUCCUCGGGCCCCCGGCUGGGAGCCCUGCCCCUGCCAGAGGACAGCUACGAGAGGACCACGCCGGACGGGAGUGUCGGUGAGGCAGAGCACAUGGAAAAUGACACUCGGCCCCUGCCUGACGUAGCCAUGACCGGCAAGUGCACGCGCGAAUGUGACGAGUACGGCCACUCGGACGCUUGCUGGAUGCCCGUGCGCACGUCGCCCGAGCGCCGGCCCAAGCAGCCGCAGGUCGCCAGCAGCCAGCAGCCCCCCAAGCUCUCCACCUUCAUGACCUCCGGCGGCGGGGGCGGCGGCGGGGGGGCCUCGGGUGAGCAGGCGGCCAACAACUCGGACUCGCCGCUGGCGGUGGCCAACGGCGACGCGGUGGGAACGGUGGCGGCGGCGGCCACCGGGGCGGUGGGCGCGCACGCCUACCACACGCUCGGCGACCGCAACCGCAACCUGCUCCACAAGAAGAUGUCCGCCUCGUCCUCGUCCUACGACGCCUUCGCCACCGCCAGCUACGCCGCCAGCGCACCCGACGACCCCGGCCGCCCCCCCGAGGACAUCCCCCUGGCCCAGACGGGCGACUACAAGCCCACCACCUGCGGCACGCUCACCCGCCGAGAGGUCUACCUGUGACCGGCGCAAACCAGCCGCCAAUCGCCCCAAUCAAAACUGAGAAGAAACAUACACACACAAAAUAAAACAACGCAAAGAACUAUAUCAGUAACACCCGUCCUACCAUCAACACUAAAAUCUAACACAAAUACACACACACACACGCAAAACCACCCUCUUGAGACUCUCGUUUUAGAGCCCAAAAACGGACUUCCUCCUUCUCACAAGAGGAAGAAAAGAAACACGACUGCCGUGCUCAAAGGACAAGAGAAGUAAACGAUAGCCUUUGGUUGAUUCUCUCGAGGAUCGUUUUCACCAAAACCUUUACUCUUUCUUUCGCUUCUUUUAAUUCUCCGCAUAACGAACGACUAACUCAUACUUUUUCCAAAUCAAGACAAGUUGAUGAGUAGGACACAAGGGUGACUAGCGAGGAGGCAAAAGAAGGGGCAAAGGGCGGGGUUGAUGGCGAGCCAAUCGGGUGUUUUGCUGCUGGCGAUUUCGGGCCUCUCGAACUAUUCUUUAGCUGACUGAAUAUCCCACCUCAUUGUAUAAUGUCGACUGUAUCAUCGUAACGUGCAUGCAUAACCAAGCCCCUUAGAGACAUGGACUACUGGCGCAAAACCAAGGACCUACCUGCUAUCUUUCUAGAUCGCUUUUUUUCUACAACUCUACACUUGUACGAGGAGAGACUCUGACCAAGGUACUUCUCGUAUACUUCAAGGUACUGAUGUUCAUGGACGGAUGGGCAAAAGCCUGUUCCAGGAUAUGCCCUUAUCACCAUGGUAUGCAACCAUCAUCCACAAGGCUCGAACCAAUCAAACUGAGUCAGCAUUGUAACAGUAGACCAAAAAUAGACUGCGGGAAAAAAAACGUCCAAAUUUACAGAAACCUGAAGGAACAGGAAAAACACAAAUGGGAGAGCAAGGAUAUUCACAUAGAAACAAGCGAUCUCAAAGACGCUCAUUUGUCUGUUUUUUUAUUUGAUUUUAUUGCUUCUUUUUUUCACCUGUCAUGGCAACCAAGUUUGAGGAUUACUCUUGUGUUGUGUUUUUUUUAUGACGAGAAACUGGGCCGCAAAAAUCCAACACUACGCCUGUGGAUGCCUGUUGAAACAUUUUAGCCCACGACGUGCGCUGUAAACUGUGAACUCACACGCGAACUUGUGUGCUCUCUUUCUCACGCCAACCACUUGCGCAUGCGCGCACACACUCUGAGACACGUGUUUGUGUGUGUGUGCUUACACUCUGUACAUAAAUAUAGUGUACACAUAAUGGACACAUGCUUUAAAUCGAUAUCCCGACUUCACACUCACUCCCUCCUCCCCCCACACCUCUCUCUCCCUCUCUCCCUCCCUCCCUCCCGGUCCAGUCCCUUUCUCUUUCCUUGGUAAUCUCCGAGAGUUAGCCGACAAUAACUCAAGGGGAUAUUAUUUAACCAAGACCAAGUCGUGUGGUUGCUAGUCUUUGCCUGAACGCUGUGAAUAUGUGUCAAUGUGGUUGUGAAUAUCACAUCUGGAGAAAAACAAGACAAUUACUUACUCCUUCAAAAUUUCAGUCAGACAUACUUUUGUUUUGGUCAGACAUUUUAGUGAUGACCCCCUGCGAGACGUCUAGCAGGAACAAUUGCCCAAGACACCUGACCACACUACAGGAAUAUGUUCAUAUAUGUGGGCUAGUCUUUAACAUACUACAGGUGAAGGCAAACAAUGUUCAAGGGAAUCCUUGGCUAGCAACAUCACGGUAGUGAGCAAUAAGAAAACACAUACAUGCAUACAUACAUAGAAACAUACAUACAUACAUACACUCCUCAUCCGUGCACUAGACCAAUCAGCUACUUCAAGUUGUACGCACACACAUACACAUUUUCACACACACACACACACACACACACACACACACACACACAGACUAUCUCACACUGACAGUACAAACAUGCACUUAUGAAGAAGUGUGCUGGCAUUUCUGAAGGUCAUAGGGUCAUGCAUUUCACUAAUAAUAAGAGAGCUAGCUCAGUGACUCAGCGAGGGGAGGCGUACGCUUGUGCACGUGACCGGGCCACUCCGUAGAGGAUGCCUGGAGCAGUGGGCUUCACGGCUCACGCCAGCGUGCCGGGAGAGAGCUCACUGAUUGAUGCUGAGGAGGAGAGUGACCAGUAUCUCCCGAGCCUUUUCAAGAGACAUCGACUAACAUCCAUGGAAUAAACUUUGAUUUCGCUCUGGCUUUGCAUUGCUUACAAAAAAAUGCUGUGCUUUUUUAAAUGUCUGUGAGGUACUGGCAGCCAUGUUCCUUGAUGGUGAUUGAGUCACUGAAGCUAAUAGAUUAUGUCAGACACACACACACUCACACACACACACACACACACACACACACACACACACACACACACACACACACACACACACAUUUAUAUGUAAGCACAUGCAUGCCAACACACACACACACACACACACACACACACACACAGAGACACACACACACAGAGACACACACACACACACACACACACACACACACACACACAGACAUGUACACACACAAGCAAAGCUCCAAUGCCCCCUUUCUAUUGUAGGUUAUGUUAAAUAAUCGGCUACAUAUAAAACAGAUUUAAAAACAGUAGAAGUCACGCAACACUGAGCGAGAGAAAGCAGGACAUGCGGCAGCAGCAGCCCUUUUUGCUUUUGUACUUUAGAGAACGUGUUUUGGGUUCAUCAGCGCUGCUUUUUGGGCAGUCGGGUCUGUAGUCUGUAAGUACUACUCGUCGUUAAAAAGAAGUGCUCCUAUGCUUAUAAACUGUAUACAGAUAUGUACUUUUUAUUGCACGUUUAAAGGGAAACUUACUUCACUUACUGAGAAGGAGAGAAAUAAAUACAAAAAAAAUGCAUAAAAAAAAGAAAAUGUACAAAAAUCAUACUCUGUGAAGAUGAAGGUCCAUCUUGUUGCUUGCUUUUGUUAUACCCGGACAGACAUUAGCCAUGUAGUAGGACUUAGUAUCUCAGUCUGAGAAAGCUGGAUGAUAUAUACAUGGGGUUCAUCGACUUCGUUUCUUUGUAUUGAGCUAUUUUUUUGACUAUGUUAUUAUAUCCAAAUGUUUGUCAUUUUGUUUCCCAGCCCUGUUUUUUCCACUUCAAAUGGCUGUUGACUUUUCAAACUUUUGUUGUCAUUGUUGUUCACGCUAUUACGUUGUCUUUCAUUUCAAAGAGUGCACACUUUUGGCUUGAUCAUCCAUCCAGAGAAGUGAUUCCUGACAAAGUUUUUUUGUUUGUUUGUUUUUGUUUUCUCUUCAUCUGGUUUUGUACCUAUCAGUGUUGCGUUUGUUUCAGUUUUUUAAUUAUUAUUACUAUUAUUCUUUGGUAGACUGUGACAAUGAUCAUGGUGAUCUUUGCUUAGUUCGUUGUCUUUCCCUCCCGUUUUGUUCUCUGUUUUUGGCAUCACUUUGUAUAUUUAGAGAAAAGAAACAGAAAAAUCAAAACAAAUAUAGAGUGAAUGCAAAAUAUGCAAUUGUGCCUUUUUAUACCAAUGGGUAUGAUUUAAUUGUUGGUUCUGAAUGGUAUGAAACCAGUUAUAUUGAAAUGCUUUUUUAGAUGUUCUGGAUCAGAUAUACUUGGAUGAUAUCUUUGUGACAGGUUGAAAUUUGAUGCCCUCUAUCUUGAGUUGUCUUAACAUGGGAUCAAUCCACUGUCACAAGUGUCUGUGUGAUCGCUGCAACCAUAAGGUCUUGGAUGAACCUAGUGGCACUCGUUAUGAUGUGAAAGACUGUCCCACAAUCAAACCUUUAAUCUAGUCCAGGCAAUUGGAUGAACAUAUCGUCUUUGUGUCGCUCCAGUGCAACAAGUGUUGUGCGCGUGGAGGGUGGUGACCUCUAACAUUUCGCAGGAGAGAAACAAUGCAUUCGGGGGGGGGGGUCGAUGGGGGUCAUUUGGAGGUGAUGGUGGCUGUUGGGGCUGCAGAGAAAUGCUGACGGAGCAGACUCUGUUGGAGGGGAGAUAACACCUUUGGAGAUACACAGAGAGAGAGAGAGAGAGAGAGAGAGACACAGACAGAGACUCAUUGACAUUACACAAUACACAAGAAAAAUUUUUUUAGUCAUAGCUCAGUAACGUUGCUAUGUUGGAUUCAAUCAAGUUGGCACUACCCAACUGGUACUUGGAGUUGAGAUAGAUAGACUUGCAAAGGGUAGAGAGAGCGAUGGAGGGGAGAAAGCAAGCGACAGAGAGGGAGAGAAAUAGAGAGAGAGAGAAAGAGAGAUGCUGUUGUCAUUUCAGUUGUAAAUGCGCUCAUAAAAUAUAUAGCAGGGUCACAGGUAUGUCAGGUGGUUGGUUUGUGGUCAGGCGUGUGCGUGCGUGUCAGGAGAGGGCCUAAAUCACCUGGGCUCUGGUCCGCCCCUCUCCCCCCCACACCCAAAGAUGUCUGCUCUUACUCAGCCUCCUCCAGCUGCCCCAACUUCCACAUUCACAAAUCAGACGUGUCAUUUCUAAAAACCCAUGAUAAACAAUUCUAUGAAAAAUAAAAUACAAAAAAAGAAGAAAUAAAUAAAGCAAACACUUGGAUGUUGAUGUAGAAAUCGAGGAGCAGUUUGUCAUUGUUUAUUAUAAGUCACUAUGCACGGAACUUAGCUUAACAUGGCAAAAUGUACUGAACGCAAGUCCACUUCUAUUUAUGACUAUUUUACAUAAGUUAAUUUGCUUUUUGUACAGGUUCCUGUAAAUAAAUUGCUUGUCCUUUUUGUCUCUGCAAAUUAAAAUAUAACAUGAUAAAACAA